AUGUUGGCCGAUAAGGCACUCGCAACGAUAUCUCAUGGCGGUCUCGGCAAGUUUGGAAAUCCCGGCCUAGCUGAGUUGCGCGAGUUUUCAACAUUUUGCCUGGCUGCCAUGGAUUUUGCUAGUUUGGCUAUUGGAUUGGCUAUGAGUCAACAUGUCGAGAACAACGCAGCAGAACAUGCCACUUUGAUGACCCGUCAAACCAAGCCUGGUGGUGGUGGUGGUUCUGGUUCUGGUUCCGGUACAGGAACUCCUCCCUCUGGCAAUCCUAGUCCUACUCCCGAACAGUGCCAGGCGAUCCUCAAAAGGAUUGAAGCCAAGAACGCAGGAAAACGUCGUGACUUGGCUGAUAUCGAAAGAGACAUGUUGACUCGUCGUCAGGGUGGAGCAGCAGGAGGAGCCACAGCAACUCAAGCCGAUUGUGACAAAUUGAAGGCUUUAGCUGAAAAGGCGAGGGGUGGCGGUGGUGCUGGCGGUGGUGGUCCCCCAGCAGGUGGUGGUGGUGGUGGUAAACCCAAACCCGGACGUCGAGACGUGAUUGAAACCCCUGACAACUUGACACGUCGUCAAAGUGGUGAUGGGCCAAAGCCCCCUAUCAAGCCCCCGACCACCGGUAAGACCAGUCGUCGUGCCAAGAUUGAAAACGCGCCUUCCGUGGAACGUCGACAAAGCACAGGGCUUCCUCCUCCCACUCCUGAGCAGUGCACUGCCAUCCUCCAAAAGAUCGAAGCAGCCAAGAGUGCAGGCAAACGUCGUGAUCUAUCUGAAAGUGAAACAGAGAUGUUGUUUCGUCGCGACGCUGGAGGAGCCACUUCCACAUCAGCCGAUUGCGAUAAAUUGAAAGCUUUAGGUGAAAAGGCUAGGAGUGCAAUGGGUGGUUCUGGUGGCGGUGCUGGCGGUGCUGGUGGUGGUGGUGCUGGCGGUAAACCCAAACCCUCCCGUCGAGACGUGAUCGAAGUAUUUGACCACUUGUCACGUCGUCAAAGUGGUGAUGUUUCUCCAAAGCCCUCUUCGAAACCCUCGACCACCAGCAAGGCUAGCCGUCGUGCCGAGAUUCCAAACGCGCCUUCCGUGGAACGUCGACAAAACACAGGGCUUCCUCCUCCCACUCCUGAGCAGUGCACUGCCAUCCUCCAAAAGAUCGAAGCAGCCAAGGGUGCAGGCAAACGUCGUGAUCUAUCUGAGAUUGAAGCAGAUAUGUUGUUUCGUCGUGACACUACAGGAGCCGCUCCCACAUCAGCUGAUUGCGCAAAAUUGAAAGCUUUAGGUGAGAAGGCCAGGAGUUCAGCAGGUGCUGGUGCUGGUGGUGCUGCUGGUGGUGCUGGUGCUGGUGCUGGUGGUGGUAAACCCAAACCCUCUCGUCGAGACGUGAUCGAGGUAUCUGACCACUUGACACGUCGUCAAAACCGUGAUGGUUCUCCAAAGCCUUCUUCGGAAUCGAAGCCCUCGACUACCAGUAAACCUAGCCGUCGUUCCGAUAUUGCAAAUGAGCAUUCUGUCGUACGCCGACAAAGCUCUGGUGCUUCUUCCAAACCUGCGACUCCCAGUCCUGCAACCCCAAAGCCUUCGCCUUCUGCCACUGCCAAGGCAUCCACUUGA